GACCAUGCACAUGCAUCUCUGUACCUGCCUCUUUCUGUGCCUCUGGAAAGCUGGCUUCAGUGCCAUCAGGAAACACUACCUGGGUGCCAUGCCCAUGUUCUGGGACUAUGAACACAGUGAGCUGAUCGGAGAGCUGCAGGGAGUGCCUAGGUCAGCUCCUAGAGUGCCAACAUCUUUUCCAUUCAACACCUCAGUUCUGUACCCCAAAACUGUAUUUGUGGAGUUUACAGAUCACCUUUUCAACUUCAUCCAACCCAGGCCCCCCUGGAUGGGUUUGCUGGGUCCUACCAUCCGGGCAGAGGUGUAUGACACAGUGAUCAUUACACUGAAGAACAUGGCUUCUCACCCCAUCAGUCUUCAUGCUGUUGGUGUGUCCUACUGGAAAACUUCCGAGGGUGCUGCAUAUGAGGAUCAGACCAGCCAAAAAGAGAAGGAAGAUGAUAAAGUCAUGCCUGGUGAAAGCCAUACCUAUGUCUGGCAGAUCCUGAAAGAGAAUGGCCCCAUGGCCUCUGAUCCUCCUUGUCUCACCUAUUCAUAUUUUUCUCAUGUGGACCUGGUGAAAGACAUAAAUUCAGGCCUUAUUGGUGCACUGCUGGUUUGUAAAGAAGGGACACUGGCAGAAGGAAGAAUCCAGCCUUUUCAUGAAUUUGUCCUGCUUUUUGCUGUAUUUGAUGAAGGACAAAGCUGGUACUCAGAAACCAAUGGCUCCCUGUCCCACCCUCAAAUGCACACAGUAAAUGGCUAUGCCAACAGGACUCUGCCAGACCUGGUGGGAUGUCACAAGCAAUUGGUCUACUGGCAUGUCAUUGGAAUGGGCACUGCCCCUGAGGUGCACUCAAUCUUCCUGGAAGGGCACACAUUUCUUGUGAGGAACCAUCGGCAGGCCUCCUUGGAGAUCUCGCCAAUUACCUUCCUGACUGUACAGACGAUCCUCACAGACCUCGGCCAGUUCCUGCUCUUCUGCCAUAUCUCUUCACACCAACAUGAAGGCAUGGAAGCUUAUGUUCAAGUGGAGAGCUGCCCUGAGAAGCCCCAGGUGAGGAAGAGCAACCCUGACAAAGAGGACGACUAUGAUGAUGACCUGGAGGAUGAUGACUUGGAUAUAGUCAGAUUUGAUGACUACCAAGCCCCUCAAUUUCUCCAGAUGCGCUCGGUGGCCAAGAAGCACCCCAAAACUUGGGUCCACUACAUAGCAGCGGAAGAGGGGGACUGGGACUAUGCCCCAUCAGUUAUCGCACCCAAUGACAGAAGUUAUAAAGGUCUAUAUCUGAACAAUGGACCCCGACAGAUUGGUAAGAAGUACAAAAAGGCCCGAUUUGUGGCAUACACAGAUGAAACAUUUACAACUCGCAAAGCUACUCAGCAUGAAUCAGGAAUCCUGGGACCUUUGCUUUAUGGAGAAGUUGGAGACACACUUUUGAUUAUAUUUAAGAAUGGAGCAAGUCGACCAUACAAUAUUGUCCCUCAUGGAAUCACCAUGGUUGAGCCUCUGCACGCAGGGAGACUGCCGAAGGGUGUGAACCAUGUGAGAGACCUGCUGAUUAUGCCGGGAAAGAUCUUCAAAUACAAAUGGACAGUGACCCUAGCAGAUGGGCCCACCACAUCUGACCCACGCUGCCUGACACGCUAUUACACCAGCACUGUGGACAAGGACAGAGACCUAGCUUCAGGCCUCAUUGGUCCUCUCCUCAUCUGCUACAAGGAGUCUGUUGAUCAAAGAGGAAAUCAGAUGAUGUCUGACAAGAGAAACGUCAUCCUGUUUUCUGUAUUUGAUGAGAACAAAAGCUGGUACCUUGCAGAGAAUAUGCAGCGCUUCCUUUCCAGUGCAGAAGGGGUGCAGCCCCAAGACCCAGACUUCCAGGCAUCCAAUGUCAUGUACAGCAUCAAUGGCUACGUGUUUGAUAGUUUACAGCUGUCCACUUGCCUACAUGAGGUGGCCUACUGGUAUGUUCUCAGUGUUGGUGCACAGAAUGCCUUCCUCUCCGUCUUCUUCUCUGGUUACACCUUCAAGCACAAGAUGGUCUACGAGGACACACUUACCCUAUUCCCUUUCUCAGGAGAAACUGUCUUCAUGUCAAUGGAAAACCCAGGUGUUUGGGUGCUGGGGUGCCACAACUCAGAGUUUCGGAACAGAGGCAUGACAGCCUUGCUGAAGGUUUCUAGUUGUGAUGGGAACGCUGAUGAUUAUUAUGAGGGCACAUAUGAAGAUAUUUCAACCUUCUUGCUUAAUGAAAAUGUCAUUGAACCUAGAAGUUUUUCCCAGAAUUCAAGGGACCCUAUCAGUAGUCAAAAUCAAUUUCAAUCCAGCACAAUUCCAGGAAAUGACCUAGAGAAUCAUGAGCAUCAAGCUGGAGAGAGAACACAGCUACAUAGAUCACAGAGUGUUUCCUCCAGUGAUUUGCUGAUGCUGUUAGAACACCCUACUCCAUCCGGACUACCCUUAUCUGAGCUUCAACAAUCCACAGCUGUUGCUUCAGACUAUUUACCCAAAAUGUUAGAGAAUAACAGCCCCCAGUUUCCAGCAGUGUACCUUCAACCUGAGUUCCAUCUAAAUACUCCUGAGCCAGAAAUUGCAUUAAGAUUGAAAGAGAAUCUGAGCACAACAAUAUCAGAUCAAUUGAACAAGCUUGACUUUACCAUUUCUAGUUCAUCAAAUGAUCUAGUUUCCCCAACAAUUCUACCAGGCAAGUUAGCAACAAAGAUGCCAGAUUACCUGAGUACUCAAUCAGACACCAUUGGACUUGGCAGAAAGCCAACUCAUCUUAUGAGAUCUGAUGUAUCUUUGGGCUUGAGUGAAGGAAAUAAUAAUCCCAGGUUAAUAGAAGAAGCUAUAAUGAAUAGUCAGGAAAUCCCACUGAGUGGAAAUGUCUUAUUAAAAGGGAAAAAUGGGCUACUUGAAGAGAAAAGACGUCAUGGACCUAUUUCAUUGACUAAAGAUAAUGGUUUAUUCAAUGAAAAUAGUUCUUUUGUAAAGACAUAUAAAACACUAAGCAACUCAACAGCUGAUGAAAAUUCUUACACUGAUGUCCCAGCAUUAUUAACUGAGAAUAAAAUGUCAAUCUGGCAAGAUAUAUUAAAAAAUACUACUGAACUUGAAGAAGUAACUUAUUUGAUUCAUAAUGAAACAUUUGUCAACAACGAUACCACCAACAAAGAUACAACAAAGAUAACUCCUAUAUCAAAUGAAAGUUCUUCAUCAAAAAGUAUGGACAUAGUUCAAGGAAAAGAGGACUCCGUACCACAAGGUGAAGAAAAUUUGUUCUUCAAGAUGCAAUUCUUGCAAAGAUCAGCAAGUGGGAUGGAAAGGACCUCAGACAAGAGCUUCCUGAACUCUGAACAAAGACCUGGUCAUAAGCAACCAACAUCUAUAAGGUCAGAACAAUUUGUGCAAGGUCAUAAUUCACUGUCAGAAAAUAAGGGAGUAGGAAGAGAUGAUGAAUUCACAAAGGAUACAGGAUUCAAAGCAUUGACUUUUCCAUACAGCAAGGAUAUACCUAUUAGUAACUUGGAAAAUGUCCAAGAAAAUGAUACACAGAUGCAAAGAAAAAAGUCUCAGGAAGACAUAGAAAAAAAGGAACCAUUAGUCCAAGAAACUUCAGUUUCACCUUUGUUGCAUACAGUGAUUGGUACUAACAAUUUCCUAAAGACCCUUUUCUUAUCAAGCACAAGGCCAAAUGCAGAACAUUUGGAUGAAGGGAAAUACACCCCUACACUAAACGACUCCAGAUCAUCAAAUGAUUUAGCUAGUACAGCAGGAGAUCACAUAGACUGGAUUUCAGAAACAAAGGGGUCAAUAAACUUGGAAGACUUAGGUAAAGAAAUCAAGCACAUGGUAGAGGAAUAUCCAGACACCACAAGCAUGUCUCCUGUACUAACCCAGCAGAAUGUUCCACGUACUAAGCGAGCUUUGCAACUAUUUCGACUCACACUAGGAGAAAGAGAACUUGAAAAGAGAGUAGUAUCGAAUGAUGCUUUAGCCCAGCGGCCUCCAAACAUGAAGUAUUUGACCAUAGACAACAGCACACAGAUAGAGUUCAAGAAGAAAAAAGGGGACAUUAUUCAGUCUCUGCUUGCAAACCAUUGGGUAAGAAGUAGUGGCACCAUUCAAACAAAUGGGUCUGUAUUACCUGUUGCAAAGCUCUUGGGCCCUCCUUCAAUUAAACCUACAGAUCUUAGCAGGAUGCCAUCCCUGCACAACUCUUCUCUGCUAACAGAAGACCACACUCAUACCUUUACAGACAUGAGUCCUAGGGCCCAAGUAGCUGAAACAAAGAACUACUCUUUAGCCAUGUUUAAAUUGAAGAAUAUUGGAGGUACAAGAAAGAGAAGCUCCUUGGGAGAAAGUGCCAUGAAUCCCAUCAUAUACAAGAAAUCUGAGAUGUCUGGCCAAACUGAAUUACUACCUCAAAUGAACUCUCAUAAGGAAGAUUCUUCCCCUACAAAGGCUAGCAGUGAAUCUUUUGACCACCUAAAUCAUGUGCAAGAACUUGUCCUUCAGAAAACACAGGGCCCUGUGAAAAGGAAUAAAGUAAAUGGACAUGGAAAAAAGUCCUCCCUGAAAUGGGCCCCAGAAAAUUCUGGAGACACUUCCUCUUAUCUGCUUGAUCCCUUGGUCUGGGAUAAUCAGUAUGCUACUCAGACACUAAGAGAGAUGCCACAGAAAAACAUAGUUUUUAACACAAUGAGCCCUGUUUUGACUCUGGAUCCUUGGGAAGACAAUAAUUUAAUAGCAGCAAUAAGUGAAGGACAAGAGAAGCCCCAGAGAGAAGCCAACUGGGCAAAUCCAGGAGGGACUAGAAGGAUGUACUUUCAAAACCCGUUUGUCUUGAAGCGCCACCCCAGGGAAGCAACUUUCCCUCCUCUCCCACUAGAGGAAGAUGACCUAGACUAUGAUGCUGUUGUCCCAACUGAAAGCAAGAGUGAAGACUUUGACAUUUAUGAUGAAGACAAAAAUCAAGGUCCACGCAGCUUCCAAAAAAGAACACGGCAUUAUUUUAUUGCUGCAGUGGAGCAGCUCUGGGAUUAUGGGAUGAACAGAUCCCCGUAUUCAUCAAGAAACAGAGUUCAGAGUGGAGACACCCGCCUGUUCAAGAAGGUGGUUUUCCAGGAAUUCACCGAUGGCUCUUUCACUCAGCCCUUACACCGGGGAGAACUAAAUGAACACUUGGGUCUCUUGGGGCCUUAUAUACGAGCAGAAGUCGAAGAUAAUAUCAUGGUAACUUUCAAAAACCAGGCUUCUCGUCCUUACUCCUUCUAUUCUAGUCUCAUUUCUUAUGAUGAGGAAGAUCAGCAGCAAGGAACUGAACCUAGGAAAAAGUUUGUCAAACCCAACGAGAUCAAAACUUAUUUUUGGAAAGUGCAACAUCAUAUGGCACCCACUAAAGAUGAAUUUGACUGCAAAGCUUGGCCCUACUUCUCGGAUGUUGAUCUGGAAAAAGACAUGCAUUCGGGCUUGAUUGGACCCCUUCUUAUCUGCCGUGCUAACACUUUGAGCUCUGCUCGAGGGAGACAAGAGACUGUGCAGGAAUUUGCUCUAUUGUUUACCAUUUUCGAUGAGACCAAGAGUUGGUACUUCACUGAAAAUAUGGAAAGGAACUGCAGGUCUCCAUGCCAUAUCCAGAUGGAAGACCCAUUUUUCCGAGAGAACUAUCGCUUCCAUGCAAUCAAUGGCUAUGUGAUGGAUUCCCUCCCUGGGUUAGUCCUGGCUCAGGACCAAAAGGUUCGCUGGUACCUGCUCAGCAUGGGCAGCACAGAGAAUAUCCACUCUAUUCAUUUCAGCGGACACGUGUUCACUGUGAGGAAGAAGGAGGAGUACAGAAUGGCAGUGUACAAUCUCUACCCAGGUAUCUUUGAAACUGUGGAAAUGCUACCUUCCAAAGUAGGAAUUUGGCGAAUAGAAUGCCUAAUAGGGGAGCACCUUCAAGCUGGGAUGAGCACCCUUUUCCUGGUGUACAACAAAGAGUGUCAGUUUCCUUUGGGAAUGGUUUCUGGGUGCAUUAAAGAUUUCCAGAUUACAGCUUCAGGACAAUAUGGAGAGUGGGCCCCCUCGCUGGCAAGACUUCAUUAUUCCGGAUCAGUCAAUGCCUGGAGCACUAAGGAGCCCUUCUCCUGGAUCAAGGUGGAUCUCUUGGCACCAAUGAUUAUUCAUAGCAUCAUGACUCAAGGUGCCCGUCAGAAGUUCUCCAGCCUCUAUAUCUCACAGUUCAUCAUCAUGUACAGUCUGGAUGGGAAUAAGUGGCAGAGUUAUCGAGGGAAUUCUACUGGAACUUUAAUGGUCUUUUUCGGCAAUGUAGAUGCCUCUGGGAUAAAGCAGAAUAUUUUCAACCCUCCAAUCAUUGCUCGAUAUAUUCGUUUGCACCCAACACAUUUUAGCAUACGGAGUACUCUUCGCAUGGAGUUGAUGGGCUGUGACUUAAACAGUUGCAGCAUGCCCCUGGGGAUGGAAAAUAAUGCAAUAUCGGAUGCACAGAUUACUGCCUCAUCCUACUUCAGCAAUAUGUUUGCUACCUGGUCUCCCUCACAUGCCCGGCUUCAUCUCCAGGGAAGAGCCAACGCCUGGAGACCCCAGGUGAAUAAUGCAAACCAGUGGCUUCAAGUGGACUUCAAGAAAACAAUGAAAGUUACAGGAAUAACCACCCAAGGAGUGAAGUCUCUUCUUACCAGCAUGUAUGUGAAGGAGUUUGUUCUUUCCAGCAGUCAGGAUGGCCAUAAUUGGACUCUGUUUCUUCAGAAUGGAAAGGUGAAGGUUUUUCAGGGCAAUGACGACGCCACCACGGCUGUGAUGAACUCUCUGGACACGCCACUGCUGACCCGCUUCCUCCGGGUGCAUCCUCAGAGCUGGGCUCAGAACAUUGCGCUGCGACUUGAGCUGCUAGGCUGUACAGCCGCCUAGCAGACCCAGCCUAGGUCCCCAACAAAAGUGGUCCACAAAGUUCAGAAACCCAUUCAUGCUGCCUUGGACCCAUCCUACCUGUAGACCAGGAGAGGAGACUCCUUGGCCUCUGAUGCUACUAUCCCUACAGAAGCCAGGGAGAUUCAGGAUAUACAACGUUUCAAAUUCAACUUCAACCCCGGCCAAGAAAAGUCUCCAUGCUCUGUUAGGGCCCAGUGUGGAGACUCACAUCUUGGGAUUCCCCCCACCAUAUCUCCUAGGCCAAACUUAGUCACUGUGCUCAUCUGCUCAAUGGAGAUAAGAACUGCUGCAUGAUAUCUGAUUUUUACUUCCUUAUGUUAUGCAUAGAUAAGUUUCACCUUUAACUUUCAUGGAGCAGGUGAGCUCAAAACACUGGGGAGCUCUAUCUCUGUGCAGCUCAAGACAUCCACCCUCAGACCCUUGAAAUUCCAGUACCCUCGGAAUCCAUAUGCUUGGGAAGUGCCUUUCGACACCAUUGUCUUAUGAAAAUACUGCAAGAAAGCCCCCUGCUGUAAUGCAAAUUCACGGGCAUUAGAGGCUUUACUACAAAAUGAUAAUGUCCCCAGAUGAGAUAGCAGGUAAGGCAUUUGCCCACCCUGGUUCAAUCUCCAGCAGCCCAGAGGGUCCCUGAGUAUCGCCAGGAGUGAUUCCUGAGUGCAGAGACAGGAAGAACCUCUGAGUAGCACAGGAUGUGGCCCAAACCACCAUCGCAAGUGUAUGGUGACAGAAACUAAACUAUCAUAAUGGACUUCCAAAGGUCAUCAUUUUUUAUUGUCAGAGGCUGCUGCUUCUGACCCUUAAACUAACACACUGCCAAGGCUAUCUACCAAGCUGUAUCAGGGAGCAAGGGGAGGCACAAUCCCAAAUUUGUGACCUGAACUGAAUAACUGGCAUUCUUAGCCUAAGAAAAUUACCAGCACCUCAGAG